UAUGUGAGCUAAUAUGAUGACCUAUAAUAAGGGUUUGCAUACACAAGGGAACAAAAUGUCACUUUAAAAUUCAAAUUCCAUCUCUAUGUUUGUACUCUCGCUUUGUUUAAGCUUACGGAAAUCCCCUUAAAUUCAGCUUUAUUUUAUAAAAGUACGGAGGUUCAAACAGCUUCUAUUUACCUAUCUCACACUAUAAUAUGAUUUACUCAGUGCUAUAUUUAUUCUAGGCAUGACGGUAGCCAUGCCCUUAUAAAAAAAAAACCGAAACCGUUCACAAACAUUGUCUUUAUCGCAUAAAAGCGUUUUACAAUCAGUUAUGUAAAUACGAGACCGUGCAAUAUCCUCAUCGCUUUACGGCACGCGUUUUUUACCUACAGUCAGGUAAACCAAAUGUAUCGAAAUUUACGUCCUGCACCACCGCUAGGCAUUGUAUUAGAGGGCUAGCACGAAACGAAAGAUAGCAGGCAAACAAGUUACGUACUAAGCUGUCACAAACACGUGAUGAUCUAGGCUUGAAUCUGAGCGUGGACACAGUACGUUUCGUUCACUAUCUGAUGGAUUCCCAACUGCGGUACCAAACAUAAAAUCUCAAAACAUUUAGCCAGGAAGAAGAUAAUAUGGGUUGGGCCAUUUUGUCGACGAUCCGUGGUGAUGAUCUAAUGAUUAACGCGGCACAUAGUGAUCAGGAAACUAAUUUCGAGAUGAAAAUUGGAUUUAUCGGUGCGGGCAAUAUGGCCCAGGCAAUUGUCAAAGGCUUGUUGGGUUCCUAUCCAGCAAAGCAUAUCGUCGUUUCAGCUCCUACUGACCGCAAUUUAGCCUUCUUCGAACAGCUAGGCUGUCGCACCUCGCAUGAUAAUAAUGUUAUUGUUACUACGUGCGACGUGGUCUUUCUCUGUAUCAAACCAGCUCAAUGUGAUAUCGCUUUCCGAGAAGUCGAAUGGAGACAACGUACGAGCCAGCUCGUGAUCAGCGUGAUGGCUGGUGUUUCCCUUGAACGCUUGUACCGUCUUCUCGGUCAAGGAAUUCGCGUGAUCCGUUGUGUGCCGAAUACGCCCAUGCAGGUAGCAAAGGGCGUAUGCUGUCUAUCGCCUGGAGUCGGCGUCCCAGUGGAGGAUACACAGUUGGCAAUCGAGUUAUUGACGCCCAGCUGUUUGAUUGUGUACACCGUUCCCGAGUCGCAAUUGGACGCAAUUUGUGCAUUGGCCGGAAGUGGCCCAGCGUUUAUUUGUCUCGUUGUCGAAGCGCUCUCGGAUGGUGGUGUAGCAAUGGGCCUGCCACGCGAACUCGCCACGGAGCUAGCAGCGUGUACCGUUGAGGGAGCUGCCGCGAUGAUUCGUGGAACGGGAAAACAUCCUGCCGAGCUAAAGGAUGCUGUGUGCUCGCCAAAUGGAACAACCAUCGCGGGAAUAUACGCCCUGGAAAAAGCUGGCAUACGGGCAGGAUUUAUGGAUGCAAUUGAGGUAGCGACGAAACGGAGUAAAGAGUUCCGCAAUGCCAAGUAAACCUGAUUUAUAGAACUUAUAACUGACUGAUUGCAUACAUCUAUUGAAAUGGCGGAUGCUUCAGGGCGGCGAUUAAACUUAAAUAGUCCUUGCGAAAUUUACAUGAUACCAAGAACAAAUAUAUUGACAGUUACUAGCGCGUUUUCAACUCGACACGAUUAACCUGUUGCAGUUGUGUAACUCUAUAACGGCUUCAAGUUCAUUCCUGUACUUCGCACACAUGUGUGCGAAACAUAUGAUUUUAAAAAAUGAUUCUUCCUUUUCCAUAUUAUUGGACCUAGCGGUAUCACUCAUUCCUUAUUACCAUAAAACUAGUAUCGCAUUAUAUAUUCUAGCAUGGCAGCAAGAUAUAUCAAGGAAGCUUGUGAAGAUUUCUGAAUCAGUGAAUGCUAGGAUGAUUUUACAGGUGUUCAGAUAUGGUGCCAUGAAACGUUCAUUGAUUGCGAUACUAGCAAAUAGACUAUAUAUGUUUUAUAACCUGCGUACUCCACUUGUUUGUUUGUAUGGAGCUCCAAAUAUGAUUUUAUGUUAUAUUUCGAUUUUCGUAGACGACAGCUCUACCGACAAUUGUGUCCGAAAGCAGGAGUUCCGAGUGAACCUUUUAACGUGCUUUGCGGUGCUAUUAUACUAGGUGAAUACAGAAAUGGGCGGUAUGACAGAUUAAGUGUAAAACGCUAGCAACACGAUCUAAUGAAUACGAUCUCCACCAACAUUUUCGUCUCAUAAGAGAGAAUUUUUCGAGACGUUUAGGGUUUAGAAGAGAGCAAUGUUUGGCUGACGCGGUAUUUGAAGUUAAAAGUCAUACGAUCGGGAUAAAACUGGAAUGACAAUUUUUACUACUAUUAUUAAACAUGUUAUUGUUUUCGCUUGCUAAAGAACAUAACUUUGGCACUGAUAUCUCUCUCUCUCUCUCCCUCUUGUUAUUAUUACUAUUAAUGCUACUUGCAUCUAAAUUCAUUACAGAAAAUUUGUAAAUGCUGAAGAGAUGGGCAAUAUCGAGCUAUAGGCAGGAUUCCAAGCGCAAACCACAUUGAAAUAGAACGCAAAACAUAGCUAGCUGUUGUAUAUUGGAAUUUCAGUUUUGAACGAAUUACUGUUGAUGCGAAGGUUCUUGAACCGUUUUGCAAUUGCAUUGAUUUAGUAGAUCUUUUUUUGUAAUUUUUAAGCUUUUGUGGAAUUAUUGCUGAAUGAUGUGCUAAUUUCGUUAUCUGUUAAUGACAAUGUAAGACAUCUACGUAUAGGCUGAUGUAACAAUGAACAACAUACAAAAUAAAAGCAUGAUCCGGAUAUACAAUAUGA